CAUCUUGGAUGGCAUGCUGGCCCUCUUAAUGAAGUGCGCGAUAAUCUGGCAAUAUAGUGAAAGAAUAUUUCCCCUAAAAACGACCGAAUUUCGACGCAUGGAAAUUAUUUAAAAAAGAGUGACAGUGCGUCUCGCACAAGAUUAUCACGAUGGACGCCGUAAAAGCCUUCAACGCAGAGCUUUCUGCGCUGUACGAUGUCAAGCCACCGAUAUCGAAGGCGAAGAUGAACUCGCUCACUCGGGGAGCGAUAAAAGCCAUCAAAUUCUACAAACAUGUUGUCCAGAGUGUGGAGAAAUUCAUACAGAAAUGCAAGCCCGAGUACAAAGUUCCGGGCCUCUACGUCAUCGAUUCGAUUGUUCGUCAAUCGAGGCACCAAUUCGGAGUCGAGAAGGACGUUUUCGCUCCGCGAUUCGCCAAGAAUAUGCAGAUGACAUUUUUGAAUUUGCUCAAGUGUCCGCCUGAAGACAAGAGCAAGGUCAUCCGGGUCUUGAAUCUCUGGCAGAAGAACGCAGUCUUUCCACCGGAAGUCAUCCAGCCUCUCUUUGAUUUAGUCGAUCCUAAUCACCCGAUUCACAAAGAACAGCCAGUCAAUAAUACCAACGGAGUGAAUCCUGCUACUGUGAACGCGAAAGCAUCGCCGCCUGUAAAAAAUCCUCCGAAGGAUCCAAAAAUGUUCUCAAGCACCAAGACCAUCGAUCCAGCUUGGCUGGCUCAAACAAAAAUGGAAACUGCCAAUAUGGUAAACGCUCAUAAGCUUUUGGAAAAUUUACAGGGUCAGUCAGGCUCAAAUCAAGUGGACGUAAACUUCCUCGAUCAACUGCAACAUCUCCAACAACUGUUGCUGAAAAAGCAGGAGGCUGCAAACGAGGCUCAGAGUUCCGUGAAAUUCGACAAGAAACUUUUAGAUUUCGAUUAUGGCGAGGAGGAGGAUGACGAUGUGGUUGUCACGAGCAGUUCGCCCGCUGUCAAUCCCAAUAUCAAUCAGCACAACACUGUGUCGACAACGGGCAGUCUUGAGAGCUUGGGACUUUUGCUGACGAAUCCGGAAGUGUUGAGGCAAUUGCAGACCCUGCAACAAACUAUGCAGGGAACGGGACAGUCGCAGCAGGAAAUGGAGGAAAAGGUGCGAAAGUUGCAGCUGAUGAAGCAGCAGGAGGAGGAAUUUGAUAAGCAUCUUGCCCAAACUGUACCCAAUCUUCCGUUUGCGUCGGAGUGCGACUUGAAGCCUGCCGAUGUGGUAAAGCCGAAUCAAGCGGUUUUCCAGGGUAAUUCGAAUCCGGGAAUUAUAACACAGGAUUUGAGCCAACCUCCACCAGGAUAUCCGCCAGCUCUUCCUUUUACAUCACAGCCACCGCCACUGAUCAGGCCAGCGCCACAACAACAGGCUCCGCCUCCUUCUGAAAGUCCUCUCGUCGAGGAAAGAAUUGCCCCUGCAAGACGAGACAGUAGCAGUGUCGAGAUAGUGAUGAAUGAACCAGCUCGAUCUCAAAGCAGAUCACCGGAUCGGUAUCGUCGUCACAGCCGGUCUAGGUCGCCACGGCAUCGUGAUCGGGAAAGAGGACGCGACAGGGAUCGCGAAAGGAAAUCUCGAUCAAGGUCAAGGUCGAGGCGGAGAAGGUCGCGUUCGAGAGAGCGCAACAAUAGGAAGCGGGAAGAGAGUCGUGAGAAGUUGUCGGAGGAGGAACGAGAGAGGGAGAGAGAACGCAAGAAGAGAGGACUUCCUCCGGUUGUCAGAGAAAAAUUGAGUGUUUGCAGUACGACGCUUUGGGUGGGCCACUUAUCAAAAUUGGUACAUCAGGAGGAAUUGUCCGAUACGUUUGGCGAAUUGGGAGAUAUUGUUAGCAUCGAUUUAAUUUCUCCGAGAGGCUGUGCUUUUAUCUGCAUGAACAGAAGACAGGACGCGUAUCGAGCUCUCACGAAGCUGAAAAAUCAUAAAAUGCAAUCAAAAGCGAUCACGCUCGCUUGGGCUCCGGGGAAAGGAGUUAAAGGAAAAGAAUGGAAAGAUUAUUGGGAAGUUGAGCUGGGAGUUAGUUAUAUUCCAUGGAAUAAAUUAAACAACAUCACUGAGCAAGAGCUCGAACUCUUAGAAGAGGGUGGCAUGAUUGAUGAGGAGACGUUACCUCCGAGAUUGAAGGGCAAGCUAAAGCACACGAUGAGCUCUGAAGGAAUGCGUUCGCAAAUAUCGAUGCAAAUGCCGCCUCCUUCUGGAAUUCAGAUGAACGAAGGAGGAAUGGGACAUGUGAUGACACCCUCGAAUGAUAAUCAGCCACCUCCACAAAUGUUGGAUACGAGCCAACCACCUCCGAUACGGCCUCCAACGUCGGCUCCACCUCCUUUAUUGCCACCGCCUAAUCCUCAAAUGCAAAUGAUGCCACCGGGAUUUCCAAUGUCCAACGUUCCACGUAUGUUGGGUCCGAUGGGCCCAAUGGGUCCAAUGGGUUUGAUGCCAAAUGUCCCGAUUGGAGUUCCACCACCAAAUAUGCAGGGUCUUCUCGGUCCUCCAGGCAUGAUGCAGACGAUGAUGGGCUCCCAGGUGAAUUCACCCUUCGGAGCCGGAGUUGGUCUGAUAACUCAGAUUCCACUACCCGCGCCUGUCGCUCCAUCCGACAAACCAAAUUCAACUGGUAUGCCGCCCAACGUCCCACCACACAAUGUUCCACCUCCAAACUCGGAAUCGAAUCUAGCAAAUAUGCCGAUGAUGCGCCCGCCCUUUGGCGUUGGACCUCCAAUGAUGCAUCUGCAACAGCAUCAACAUCAGCAGCAACAUCAGCAUCAACAUCAACAUCCUUCGGACGACAUGGACGUGGAAAUGGAAGACGUGAUGCCCCAGACAUUAAACACCAGUUCCAAAGACAAACUGCCAAGUCUCAGUGAUCAGCUUCUAGCCGCGAUUGGAAAAGGACCAGACUCCCGAAUGGAGAACGAGCCUAAUCGCGAUUUCCGUGAGAGAGAUCGGGAUCGCGACAAUCGUGACAAUCGCGACAAUCGUGAUAAUCGUGAUAAUCGUGAUAAUCGCGACAGAAGAGAUCGUGAUGAUCGUGAUCGAGGGAAUCGCGACAGGAGUGAGGGCGACCGACACGAUCGCGGCAGAGAGAGAGGCAGAGGAAGGGAUCGAGGUCGCGACAGACGACGUGAUAAUAGAGAUAAUAGGGAUAAUAGAGAUAAUAAUCGGGACAGAGAUAGGGAUGAUAACAGACGUGAUCGUGACCGAGACAGUCGGGAUGUGAUGCGCCAUCAGGAGCCUGUUAAUCCACCCAGUGGUGGUGGUGGUGGUCCGGAAUCGGAAGCGCCGCCGAAAAAGGACGCGAAACCGAGUCUUGCCGAUCGGCUUCGUCAGUUGGCGGACGGAACACUGCCGCUCAAUGAUGGAAUGGACAGAAAUCGUAAUCGUAGCAGCGAGAGAAUUGACGGACCGCCGAAUCGACGAGCCAACGACUUGCCUCCGCCUCUGAUGGAUCUGCCGAAAUUCCCCCAGGACAGACCGGAUUUCCCGAGGGGACCGGAAUUCCGAGGACCUCCAAGAGGAGUCGGUGGCGGCGGCGGUGGUGGUCCCGAGCCGGCGGAUCAUCCUCGUGAUUUCCCGCCGCGUGGCGGACCUGGGGACCGAGGAGACGGCAGAGCCAAUUUUGGCAGAAGAGGGUCAAUUGGACCGCCGAUGAGGGGACAUCCGCCUGUCGAGGAGUUUCCUGAUCCGCGGAUGCAUGGCGGACGAUUCCCGGAGGAGUUUGACAAUAGGAUAGGACCGCGUCCGGAGGAGUUUGAUCACAGAUUGGGACCGAAUCCGCGGGAGGAGUUUGAACGACCGGACAUGAGAGGCAGACAUCCGGUGGACGAGUUUGACAGAGAGCGUUUUGAGUUUGAGAUGCGGCAGCGUGACGGUGGUUUUGAUCCGAGGAUGCAGGAUGGAUUUGAGGGGAGGAAUAUGAAUGAGCAUCCGGAGUUUGAUCCGAGACGGAGAGGAGACUUCUUCCAUGGGCCACCGAUGGAACCUGGAUUUGGACCGCCACCAAUGAUGGGACCGAGAGGACCUAGAGGACCACCGAUGGGACCUGACGGAUUUGGACCUAGAGGACCACCACCUGGAAUGGGAGGGCGUCCACAUGGACCGCCGAUGUUCCAUCCACGAGGAAUGGGACCUAGAGGAAUGAGGCCCGGAAUGCGACCACCACCCUUUGGACCCCGAGGACCACCUGGUGGCCCACCACCACCAUUUGAUCCCCGUGAAAAAGAACCCUUUUUCCGUCCACCAUUUGAGGAUGGACACCGACCUCCAGGACCACCAGGAGGACCGCCUCCAGGUCUUCUUCGACCACCAUUUGGUGGUCCCAUGGGCCCGAAAGGCCCCGAUCCCUGGAGAAAUCCCGAAAACGGACCCUGGAAUGAGCCGGGAAUCGAGCUCGAGGAGCACAAUCCCCGAGAAAGUCACAAUCCGCGAGAUCAUCCCAAGUCGAAGCACCAGGAUCCGAAACAGGAGAAAAAUCAAGAUAAGCACCAAGACAGCAAGCAUCAGGAUCACAAGUCAGGUCCCUCCUCGUCGGACCGCGAGAGUAGAAAUCGUAACCGGAAGUCAAGAUGGGGCAAUGUCAGUCCAUCGAGCGAGAAUCCUGGCGAGAGUGAAAGGUCAGACGGUGCCAAGAGACCAAGGAGAAGCUCAACUGAGCAUUUCGAUCCGGAAAGUACCGCCAUCAAGUUCAAUCAGUCUCUCGAUGAGCGACCACCUGGCACGGAAAACGACAGCUUUGAUAUUGACAGUGUCAAAUUUAUUAAACCGCUGCUGCUGCCGCCAGCAACUCAGGAGAGUAAUCCAGGGAGUGAGGAGAAGCAAGAACCUGAGCCGCGCGAGAGUGAGUGCUUUGUUGAACCGCCAACAGUCUCGAAACCACCAGAAACCUUUGAGCCUCCAGCAGCAACCUUCGAACCGGUUGAACAUUUCGAGCCAGCGAGUUCCAACGACCAGGGCUUCGAGUCUCGGGAGAAUCAAAGUUUUGAACCUUCUCAGAACUUUGAGCCACCGAGUGAGAACUUUGAUCCGCCAAGUGAGAACUUUGAGCCACCCAGUCAGAACUUUGAGCCGCCAAGUGAGAAUUUCGAGCCGCCAAGUAGUCAGAACUUUGAGGCACCCAGUCAGGAUUUCGAGCCUCCUAGUGAGAACUUUGAGCCGCCCAAUCAGAACUUUGAGCCCCCGAAUCAGAACUUUGAGCCGCCGAAUCAGAACUUUGAGCCGCCUAAUAAGAACUUUGAGCCGCCCAAUCAGAGUUUUGAUAAUUCUGAACAGGGUUUAGAUAAUCCGGUUGAGAGUUUCGAAGCGCCAAAGGAGCAGAACUUUGAGCCAUCUUUCGAGCCGAGUGAUCAAGUUUUCCAACCGCCAGAGCAACCAGUUGAACAACAACAACACCAACAAGAAGAGCAGCAGCAAGAAUUUUUUGAACCAGAGGCGAAAAGCGCGGAAUUUCCAGUUGAAAAUGCAACUGAUUGUCAGCCAGUUAGUGAGUGUGUCAGUGAGCAACAAGCCCUUGGUGAAAUGCAGGUUGAAGGUGAAUCCUUGUAACGAACCUUUCUGGCCUAGAAGGAUAAAGUUACAAAUUUUAUCGAGUCGUGUAAAAUACGGUCCUGAAUGACAGUGUACAUAGGAAGUGAAAAAAAAAUGAUAAUCCUUUCAGGGUAAACUGGAGUACUGAGACUCUGGAGUGGUGAGGGAACUUUUUGGGUCCCAGUGAAUCUUUAUCAAACAUUCUCUCAAGCAUACUUCGUUUGGGCCCUUUUAAUUGAAAGAGUUUUCUUCUUUGUUAUUUGCUGCUUUAAACAUAAACUGUGAUAGUGAACACAGGACCUAUAUAACGUAGGCGAAAAAGAAAAAGAAAAACCAAAAUUGAAAAGCACUUGCGGAAGCGUUGUUGUUUUUUUUUUUUGUUUUUUUUUUUUUACUAGUAGGAAAUUCUCUUUUAUUUCAUGGAAAUCCACUCUUUCGAGAUUUGUUCCUUCUUCUUGACUGGGAAAGGAAAUUUCAAUAUUUGUUUACUAAGCUUGAAAAGUCGAGGAUCGAAUUGAAAAUGUGGAAUGAUUUUUAACUGAUCGUGUAAAACUAUAUGCACAUUAAACGAGUCCAAAUAAUGAUUUAUUGUAAAAAAAAAUAAGAAAAGAAAAAGUAGUAUCGAGAGCCAUCUCGAUUUUUAUAUCGCGGAGUAGAUUUUCCGACUCAUUUUCCAAGAAAAUGGUACUGUACAGUGAUAGUAUUGUACCUACUGUCUUUAUACAUAUUAAUUUAUUGUACAUAUUUUUAUAUUUUCCUAGUUGAAAAGCAAUGAGUAUAUUGUGCAAGUAAUUGCUCAGUCAAAUAAAUAUUUUAUGUACAUACAUAUAUACGUACAUGGUAUUGUUUUAGAUAAGAGUUUUUCGUUAUUCUCUCUCGACCUUCAUGACUUUAAUUUCGUUUCGAGAUUUUAUUUUAUCAACUUUUUUUUUUUGUUUUUCGUAAACUUCUCUUUGGAUUAGAUCAAUAUAUAUAUAUCCAUAUAAUUUUUUUUUUUCUUGACAAAAAUUCGAUUAGUUUGAGACAAGGUGAGACACGAGGAAAAAGAGGUUUCCACUCAUCCGGGUUCCUGUGUUCACGCACUCACAUUCUAUCACGAUGCAGCGAUGGAGAACGCGCGCUGGCACUCAAACUGAGUGUCAAGUGCAAGGUACUGUUCAUUACAUUCAUAAAUUAGUGAAAGAAAGAGAGAGCGAGAGAGCGAGAAGAGAACAAAUUUUGGAAAAAAGAAAAAAAUUUGGCUGGAAAAGAGAAAAAAUUUGGCUGAAAAGAGCAGAAUUUUUGGUAAAGAGAAAAAAAAAAUUUGGCUGAAAAGACCACAUUGUCCCCACACCACUCCUGAGAUGAGAGAGAGAGAGAAAGAAAGAAAGAAAGAGAGAGAGAGAGAAAAGCUGACAAGAGAAACAGCAGAAGCAGCUUUUCGCUGACCAUUUGCGUGCGAUUCUACUUUGUAAUUUGCGAUUGCGUGUGCCGAAAAUUGUCGAGAUUCAACCUCUACUUGAAUUUUCUCAACAACUGCGAAACAUCGAUUUCCACUUCCUUGUUCAUUAAUUAGUUUCAAGUGCGAAUAAUUAUUGUAACUGACAAUUUACUCUGGGGUUGUUGUUGUUUUUAUUUUUAUUUUAUUUUUUUGCAUUUUUGUUGUCGGAAUAAGAUUUCAUAAAAGGAUCCACAGACCACCUGGAGUGGUGUGUUUGGCAAUGUGGUCUGAAAUCGAAAAAUGAUUUGUAAUCUUCUGCAUUUGAAAGUUUUUUGGCAAAUUUCAAUUGUUUCAUUAACAUUCAAUUGAAAAUGUUAUCAAUUUUGACGACGAUAAUAGACUUUGAUCAACAGAUAAAUAUGACGAUUGGAAUGAUAUUUUUUUUCUUUUUUCUUCUGGGUAUGAAGGAUUUAUGAAUUGUAAUAACGCUGCAUGAUUUUUUCUCUUUUUAGAAUAUUUGAUGAUAUGAGAAAAAGGAGUUGACGUUAAAGGUGUAGAAUGGAAGGAGGUAAAAAGAAAGUCGAUAAUGAUUGUACACAUGAAAUAUGAUAGAUUGAUAGAUGAUUGAAAUCAAAUUAAAGCUCUGGUUAUGAUCGAAAUUAGUGACUACUCGGUUACGUAUUUUUUUGUGUAAUUAAUAAUUGUAGUAUAUUAUUAUUAUUAUUAUUAUUAUUAUUCUGCAUUGAUGGACAUAAGCUAAUGAAUAAUGUUCGCUGUAGAGCAUUUGAUUAUUCGGUAUUGUAGAAAAUUUAGGAAUAACUUGGAAGAUUUCCAUUUGAUUGUUUUAUCCGUGCUAGUUCAGAAAGGAUAUAUUCGUCUGAUUGACAUUAUGCUAUUAUUACCACUACAUUAUAGCAUACACGUGUACAUAUAAAUAUA